AUGUUGAUGUGUGCCUAUCAUAUUCAGUGCAUUCGCUUGAUUUCAGUCCACAUUUUCUACGACUUCUUCGUGAAGAAAGGCGAUGAACCAUUCAGUGAGCGUCUGCCCAAAGACAUAAUGCCACUCACCUACGAUGCCUUCAUUCAGCCCUAUUUUCCGUCAUCAGCGCAUUACGAUUGGACCAAGAAUAUGACUUUUGAUUCAACAAUUAAUGUAACAAUGCGAGUGAUCACCGCGACUGAUAAGGUAAACAUCAGUGUUCAUCGAUUAUUAAUCCAACCAACAGAUAUACAUUUGGCCGAUAUGACAGGAGCGACGUUGGAGUACUCUAAGGUUAUCAAAGACUAUGAUAACGGUGUUAUGACAAUAUACUUACGAAACCAACUGCCAGUUGAUUCCGUAUUUUACUUGUUUAUUAAGUCGGUCGGAUACAUCUUCUAUGGUGCAAGUGAGGGCGCAUAUACUAAUUUCGGUAUAUUCGAAUUCAACGGAAAAAUGGCAUGGAUAUUUUCAACAGAUGAUGAGUCAGGACCAGAUAUUCGCUCAGUAUGGCCUUGCUUUGAUGAGCCUUACUUCAAAGCCAAUUGGACCGUUACCAUAAAACACGCUUCGGAUAUGAUCGCUCUAUGCAAUAUGAUCAAUACGGGA